AUAAAAUACAGAAUAAAAAUCAAGUGUUUUUAUGCAAUGGGGGUUUGAAGUGUGGGUGAUAUGGAAUGAGGGGUGGGUCAGUGAUCUUGAGCUCACGGCAGAAGCCAGGAAUUAAGAAGGGAAAUGUUUGUGGUGGGGGCUAUUUUUCGUGCCGGUCCGCCGUUGCGCUGUUGUGAGGUCUACGAAGUAUUUGCAGCCCCGACACUAGGGCCGGCCAGAUCUGGGUGGGCCUGGGCAGCGCACGCUGGGCGGCGCCGAUUUCUGGCAAGGGGAACGCAGUCUGGAUGUAGGGGGCGCGGCUUAGCAGGGCGGAAUGGGCGUGGCCCAAAGAAGCCCCGCCCCGUCCCGCUUAGACAAUGCCCCGGAGCCGCCAGACCGUCGCGCCCCCGCCCCAUCGUAGUAUAUGAGCUCGCCUACCCAAGGACCCCCUAAAAGCCAGUCCCUGAGGCUUGAAGACGGGGACUCCCUUCUCCACCAACUCUGUCCUCGGGGGGUGGGGCCCCAGCCGAGAUCACAGCGCGACAGGAGUGGGGGUGGCCACUAGAGACAGGUGAAGAAACAAGAAAACUAAGAAAUUCGAGCGGUUGGAGGGGGCUUCUGUGUGGAUGGGAUGGGGACGCCGGGGGAGGGGCUGGGCCGCUGCUCCCAUGCCCUGAUCCGGGGAGUCCCAGAGAGCCUGGCGUCGGGGGAAGAUGCGGGGGCUGGCCUUCCGGCUCUGGAUCUGGCCAAAGCCCAAAGGGAGCACGGGGUGCUGGGAGGUAAACUGAGGCAGCGACUGGGGCUACAGCUGCUAGAACUGCCACCUGAGGAGUCGUUGCCGCUGGGACCGCUGCUUGGCGACACGGCCGUGAUCCAAGGGGACACGGCCCUAAUCACGCGACCCUGGAGCCCCGCUCGUAGGCCAGAGGUCGAUGGAGUCCGCAAAGCCCUGCAAGACCUGGGGCUCCGAAUUGUGGAAAUAGGAGACGAGAACGCGACGCUGGAUGGCACUGACGUUCUCUUCACCGGCCGGGAGUUUUUCGUAGGCCUCUCCAAAUGGACCAAUCACCGAGGAGCUGAGAUCGUGGCCGAUACGUUCCGGGACUUCGCCGUCUCCACUGUGCCGGUCUCGGGUCCCUCACACCUGCGUGGUCUCUGCGGCAUGGGGGGACCUCGCACUGUUGUGGCAGGCAGCAGCGAAGCUGCCCAAAAGGCUGUCCGGGCAAUGGCAGUACUGACUGAUCACCCAUAUGCUUCCCUGACCCUCCCAGAUGACGCAGCUGCUGACUGUCUCUUUCUUCGUCCUGGGUUGCCUGGUGUGCCCCCUUUCCUCCUGCACCGUGGAGGUGGGGAUCUGCCCAACAGCCAGGAGGCACUGCAGAAGCUCUCUGAUGUCACCCUGGUACCUGUGUCCUGCUCAGAACUGGAGAAGGCUGGCGCCGGGCUCAGCUCCCUCUGCUUGGUGCUCAGCACACGCCCCCACAGCUGAGGGCCUGGCCUUGGGGUACUGCUGGCCAGGGGUAGGAUAGUAUAGGGAGCAGAAAGGGAAGGAGGGUUAGAUAGAGAAUGCUAAGUAGGCAGUAGUUGGGAGAGAAUCUCAAUAUGGGGGGAGGGCAGAGUGUAGGGAAAAGGAUAGGGGCCACUGGGUGAGUCCUCCCUCUCAGAACCAAUAAAAUAGAAUUGACCUUUUA